AUGUCCGUGUUUUUUAUGAUUAUCGAUUCCCAGUCGGAUUUGAGCACAAUAGCCAGUUCUGCCAGCGAGAGCGUGCCCACUCCCACUGCGAGACCUAGCCACAGCCCAAAGACGUUCAUCUUCCAGCUGAACGCCAUGAGCACCUCGAAUGGCAAUGGCCGCGCAAAUGACAUUGAUGCAGUCCAAAAACUGGUUGAAGGCAACCACCAAGAACAGUUUGCUGGCGUUGGCAAUGAGUUCUGGGUCGUUGGUGAACAAUUUUGUGAGACGGGUUCUGAAAAGAGCCAUCCAGCAGAAAUUAAAGAGACUGAGGAAACAGGCCGCAAAAAGCGACACGACAACGGCAAUCUUGUAGUUCUCGGACUUGGCGCCGAUGAUGUUGGCGAGCCGUGUAGAGCAGCAGAUCCCGACCGAGAAAGGGAUUUGGAAGCCGAACGACGCGACGGUCGAGACGAUCGACUGCGAGGCCAGUUCCAACGAGUUGAACUUUGCCGACAGGAAAGUGAUCACCUGGAACGCAAAUGCCUCCGACAGGAUCAUGAGCACGCCGGGAAGGCCCAGAGAGAAGAACGGGGCCCAUUCGGAGGUGAGCUGGCGGAAAGUGGUGUUAUAGUGCCAGCAUUGGUAGCCGUCGACGAAGCAGAUGUAAAGGCAUAG